AUGUGUAUUAGAGAAAUAGAUAACACGAAGGCCAACUUACAUGGGAUAUUAUUAAUGAUAAUAAUAGUUAAAACAUUAGCUUGUGUUAAGAUAAAAACGGGAAAAUUGUUAAUAGAUUUAAUAACUGAUUUUAUUAACGAAGAUAGCAAAUGGGAAGAGUUAAAGAAAGAAAACGAUGAAGGAAACAACCUAAGUGCAUUUAGCAAUAAGGAAGUAGGAAUUAAACUUGAAUUGAUGCAAUUAGAUUUUAACAUAUAUACGUUAAGAUGGAAUAAAAACAUCAUAUAUGGAGAUUAUAGAAAUUAUCUCAAAAAAUUCAAUCAAAUCAAGUAUAAAUCAAGUAUUCUGACGUGUCAUUAUUUAGAAGACAUUUUCUAUAGAAAUGAGCACCAAGAGAUUAAUUGGAAAAUGGCUUUUGACUUUCUUCAAAGGGGAACUGGAAAUAAUAAAAGAUUUACUGACGUCGACGACAACGCGUUAAGAUGCGAAAAAGAAGUGGAGAGUUGGGAACACAUAUGGAGUUGUAGUGAAAAUAGUAAAUCAGAAUAUGAUGUUCUAAUUGACACGUUGAUUGAAAUAGAAAAUAAAUAUAAUACACCGGAAGAAGAGGUUAAUUACAAAAUUAUAAGAACAUUGGCAAAAGAGAUAGUUACAUUUAUGAUGGCACCAUCAACAAUACUAAUACUAGGUAAUCAAAAGAGAAGUCGUGAAGUGACUAGGGAACUAUUUAAUGAUGGGCUUUACAAAAUAUGUAAUGAUAAAAGCGAGCGACGGAUAAUAGAGGAAGUUUGGGGAAAGUUCUAUUUAAAAGUGAGACAAGAAAUUUGGUUAGAUAGAUGCAAUAAAAUUAAUGAAAUAGAAAAAAGUAAAAGUAUAACCAAGUUGGAUAAAAAACGCAACGUUCAAUUUUGCCGAUAA